AGUGAAAAUAAAAGCAAAACAACGCUGGUUGGGUUAGGCCACUGGAUAAGAUUUCCAAGAAAUCACCCGUUACUCUGCUAUAAAUCGAUUUGGGCGGACAAAACAACCCCGUCCACGGUUCCGUUCAGUGCGUAGUGAGAAGUAUCAUCAAGGGAAGAGAGCGUCGGUAUCUUUCAUCUCAUCAUACAGUAGAUUCAAGACACGUUAUAGCUAAAUUUAGUGUCAUCAAACAGGAAGAGCUAGAGAGAGCCAGUAUGUCUAAUGCCAGACUAAUACCUUCACCCAUUUGUUUGGUGGAGAAUGUGAACGGAUCACUCUGCGUCUGUAAGGAUGCCAUUGAGUUCCUGAGUAGGAUCAGUGAGCCGGUGGUUGUAGUGUCUGUGGUGGGACUCUACCGUACGGGGAAGUCCUACCUUAUGAACCGCCUGGCAGGACAACAGUCAGGCUUUGCUCUCGGUAACACUAUUGAGUCGAAAACCAAAGGCAUCUGGAUGUGGUGUGUCCCUCACCCCUAUAAAGAAGGACACACUCUGGUGCUGCUGGACACAGAGGGACUCGGUGAUGUGGACAAGGGAGACUCUAAGAAUGACGGCUGGAUCUUCUGUCUGGCUGUUUUGCUCAGCAGCACUCUGGUGUACAACAGCCGCGGCACCAUCGAUAACAAUGCAGUGGAAAAGCUGCACUAUGUUACUGAGCUCGCUGAAAAGAUCAAGAUUGAAUCGGUAGAAGCAGCAGAAGAGGAAGAGGAGGAUUCAAAAUAUGUGAUUUUCUUUCCAUCAUUCAUCUGGGUGGUUAGAGAUUUCACCUUGGAACUGGUAAUUGAUGGAAAGAAAGUGACCGAGGACGAGUACCUUGAGUUUGCCCUCCAGCUGAAGAAAGGUGUAAAUAAGAAAGCCAGCGACUACAACCUGCCCCGUCAAUGCAUCCGAACCUAUUUCCCAUCCCGGAACUGUUUCGUUUUCCCAUCUCCAGCCUCAAAUGAAAACAUGACACGCUUAGAAAGCUUGCAAGAACGGGACCUUGUACCAGAUUUUCUGGAGGUCACAGGUCGUUUUUGUGACCACAUCUAUCACAAGAGUUUAGUGAAAACACUGAAAGGAGGACACAGAGUUACUGGCAAAUUGCUCGGGAAUCUGGUGCAGAUUUAUGUGGAUACAAUCAGCAGUGGGAAGGUGCCCUGUCUGGACAAUGCAGUGGUUACUCUGGCAAAACUAGAGAACCAGGCAGCUGUUCAAGAAGCUUUGAAAGUGUAUCAGAGUGGGAUGGAAGAGGUGAAGAACAAGUUCCCAGUAAGUGUGGAUGAUAUUUCCUCAGAGCACCAGAAGUUCAGCAGUCUGGCCACCGCUGAGUUCAUGAAACGCUCCUUUAAAGAUGAAAAAGGAGAAUACCUAAUAAAACUGGUGGAAAACAUAGAUGUACACUAUGUAGGCCUUUGGAAAGAGAAUGAGAUGGCGUCAGAGAGAAAGUGCAGAGAUCUGCUGAAGAAUUUAUUCUCUGACAUGAAUAAACGGCUGCAGAAUGGAGAGUACAGUCAGUCUGGAGGAUAUGAACUCUACUGCAGAGACAGAGACGCCAUUGUUGAGCAGUACCGCAGAGAACCCAACAAAGGUGUAUCGGCUGAGGCUGUGCUGAAUGAGUUUCUGAAUGAGCGAGGAGCUGAAGCAAACUGCAUCCUCUACACAGACAAAAAACUCACUGAAAACGACAGAAAGAUUCAAGAGGAGAAGGAGAAGAAUGCUCUGCUGGAACAGAAGUCUAAAGAGGAAGAGGAGAAACGCAUUGAGAGUGAACGGAUGUGGGUGGCAGAAAAAGAGCGGCUAGAUGAUCAAAUGAGGCAGAUGAAGGAGAAGUUCAAACAGGAGAUGGAGCAGCAGCAGCAGGAGAUGGACAGAGCCAUUGAGAGCAAACUGAAGGAGCGGGAGGAGCUGCUAAACAAAGGCUUUAGGGAGAAAGCUGAUCUUCUGAAUGAAGAGAUAAACAAUCUUAAAAAAGAAAAGGAAGAGAAAAGUUCUACCGGUUUUAUGAAGGAAUAUGUGAUGCCUAUUGUUGGAGCUGUUUCAGACGUCCUUCCUGCCAUCCUCCAAUACAAGGUGCUGAUGAAAGGACUCAAAAAAUAAUAAAUAACCCUUUCAUGCAAAUCACUGUUAUAUUACAAAUGAAUUCAUUUAUAGUUAUAGCUUAUGAAACACAAUCAUCAGUAGGUUCUUAUUUAAUAACAUUAUAUUUAGCUUAUUACUGAGUAAUGUCCUAAUUGUCAUUCUUACAGUAUACUGUACACAAACAUUAUGUAGGCUACUGUGUUGCUGGUGACUGGAGAAUUCAUAGAUUUAAGCAUGUAGUUGUUGCUGUUUUUAGUAGACCUUCAUUUCACAUGCUGUUUGUGUUUGAACUAAGCAAAUAAAUAGGAUAAAAACAACAAA